CGGUGCUGCCUUUGCGCUGUGCCUGGGCUGAGCAGAGCCCCCUGCCCUGUCCCUACUCGAGGCCCGUCCCCGGCUGAGGACGUCGCAGUGAGCGGAGGGAAAAGCCUUCCCAAGGGCCGGCAUAAGCUCUGCGUUUUGUUGUACUCCGUUGUUGCUUUUUUUUCCUGAUGGUCUCUGGAAGUGUCCUGACAUAUGCUGGGCAAGACAAAGAGCCUCUCAUAGUUCCAUACCAUCAAGGAAAGGAGGACAAGCCAUCGACUCUCCUGAGACUCAAUAGACUUGGGAGUUUAGAUCACAACAGUUUGGUUUCCAGAAUGUUUUACGAAUCUGAAGACACGGAGGAGAGUGAUGUUUAUGAAGAUGAACUUUACCGAGAGGAUUCAUCCUCUGAGCCAAGCAUUGACAGCGAGGUGGAAUUUCAUCUCUACAGCCAGGUCCACUAUUCCCAAAACCUUGCUGAAAUCAGCUCACUGGAGGUGUCUGAAGAAGCAGAAGAUGUUGCGGAAUUCACAGACCAGGGUCCAGCUCUAACUGUGGCACCACUUGAUGACCAGAAUAUUGUUGAACUGCACGAUUCUGAUGGCGAGAUUUCGGACGACCCUGAGAUCAUUGUCUUGUCCGAUACACCAGAGGAAGACAGUGUUUACAAAAGCAAGGCACGAAAGUCAACAAGCCCUUUAGCUGAAGGCAGAAUGCAUACCUGUGGAUCUUCCACAGCAAAUCGUGCCAAAGCCACCGAGCGUAAUGCUCUGCAUACUGCAGGAUCAGGCGCAGAAGUUUCAAGGCAAGGUCCUAGUGGGAAUUUUCCCUCCGCUGGUUCUGGACCUCUCACCGCCCAAGAGGUGAUGGUAAUAGAUGACAGCUCAAAUGAUGAGGAGGAGAGCGUGCUAUCUGAAAGCGAUAAUGUUGAGAGCUGGAUGCUUUUGGGAUGCAGUGCAGAUGACAAAGACAAAGACAUAAUGUUGAACCUUGAAGGCUGCGGAACUCCCGUUGGGGAAGGAGACACUGAUGUGGACUGGUCCAUCAGUAAUAAAGACCUAGAGGCACAGAUCUGUAACUACGCGAGCGUGAGGCGCACGAGUGUUCGCUACUACACAGCCGACAAGAACGUUACCUGCAGAAACUGUGGGAGACCAGGGCAUUUGUCCAAAAACUGUCCAGUUCCAAAGAAAACUCCCCCUUGUUGCCUGUGUGCAGAAAGAGGUCAUCUACAGAACACUUGUCCAGCUCGGUUUUGUUUGAACUGCUGUUUGCCUGGCCACUAUUUUAGGGAAUGUCUUGAGAGAUCCUACUGGAAUAAGCACUGCAGUCGCUGUGAUAUGAAGGGGCAUUAUGCUGACGCUUGCCCAGAAAUAUGGAGGCAGUAUCACCUAACAACAAACCCUGGACCAAUCAAGGCAGCCAGUUCCCACUCUGAGCACUCAGCUGCUGUUUACUGCUACAACUGCUCCCGGAAAGGACAUUUUGGAUAUGAGUGCUCAGAGAAGCGCAUGCGUGGAAGCAUGUUCCCUGCUUCUCCAUUCAUCCACUACUACGACGAUGAAUGUGACCUCAAGAGGAGAGCAAACAGGUUAAAAAGAAAGAUCGCAGAACUGCAAGAAGCUGGCCUUCUGCCAUUACAGCCAGAGACACCAUGGCAGGAAGAAAAACAUGGAGGGCACAGCUGCAAGAAAAAGCCUUGGGAGGAGCACAAUAAACGUAACAGAGAUGAGCAUCACAAGAAGAAGAAGUCGUCAUCCCAGGCAGACAAACAGAGAGCAAAAAGACACAGAAGUGAUGUUGAAAGGGGCCACGAGAUGGAGGACGACUUCCCUAGAGGGUAUCAUAAGCAGACAUCCAGGGGCAGCAAAAAACAUCACAAGUCUGUUCUCCAGGCGCAUGGCAGCAAGAAGGAGUAUGGCCAGCAACUUCUGGAAGCUGCUAAAAGGAAGAAGAAAAGGAAAAAACAGAGGGAUGCUAGUCCUGAUAUCAAUGAGAAUUUAUUCCUUAUAAAACAGAGGAGGAAAAAGUCUAAACAGAAAUCCUCCUGCUGGUGAGGAGGUAGAUGGGAAGCACUGACCGUUGCUGGCCCUGAUUCUGCCUGUUCUUUGUUUUUGUCACUCCUUACACACUGAAUUUGAGUAUGUCCCUGAGUCUGGGUGGACAUGCCCAGGCCCCAGUCACACAAGAAGCAUCCUUCUCUACUUCCAAAAGAGAUGCUUUGUCUGUUGUGCACUGUUCACUUGGCAGGGAGCAUUUAGUAUUUGUGUCUGGAAUUACUGUACUUUUUCAGCAGUCCUCGUGUAAGUUUGCUGCCUUUGCUUGUAAUGUGAGGGGCUGGGCUGGGGAAGGCCCUUGCUGCUUUGGGUAGGAUUUGUUUCUUUGCUGGUGAGAUGUAGCUCUGAUAGCAGGAUCUUGGCACGGCACUCGUGUUGACACUGAAGGGAAGCUUUUGCAUGAGCAGGAGCUGGGUCUGUGUGUGGAGAUGUGUGUGUUCCCAUCAGCCGCUCCCCAGGGCGCAUCCUGGCCCUUCGAGAAGGUGCUGUGAAGGUGUUGCUUUAAGCUUUGGGAAGUGACGGUCUCCAGCCUUGCUCUGCAGUGUAGGUCCACCACCAUCAGUGCCACAGCUCUGGGUGCCAAGCGUGGGCAAGCUCUGACUGACCACAUUCCACCUCUUUGCUGACUGGCUAGAACAGCAGGAGAAAGCAGCUAAGAAAAUACAGCAGAGUUUACAUCUCAUGUUAGAUAUGUCACUGUUCCCCUUGGUGUGGGAGUUGUGUCUGCAGAAAUGGUAGAGCAUGAAAAGUGUGUUUGAUUCCAGACACGAUGCGCUAAAAUUUAAUAAUUAAAGUUAUUUGUAAGACAGUUAUUUUUGUACUGUAGAAUUGGACGUUUAUGUUGUUUAAAGUUUUGUAACAAGAAAUGCUUGACCAAAUGAGUAAUUCAAAUAAAAAUUUACAUGGGGGAUAUCCAUUAACCACUGGUUUGCUCUACAUUGUCUCAUUGGCAAGCAGAACUACUUAAGAACACACUAUCUGCUUCCCCUAUUUUGAGCUGAAACUACAGCGCUGCCAGGAGAUUUCCUGUUUUUGUUGGUUCGGGACCUGUGCUGCAGCAUAGCACUACUUUUGCUAAGCAGAAGGAAGCAACUACCUGCAUGUGUUCAUCAAGUCAGGCGUCCUCUCUUUCUGCUUACAGAGAAAUUGGAAAGAACCUGCAAGUUGUGCAAAUGCGUGGGUAUAGGAGGAGGAGAAAUCAGAAGGGUAUUGCAGUACAGAAAAAUGGGGGCUGUCUUUCCACCAGAACUGUUCCACUCUCUGUAAGCUCCCUGCUUUUUGUUUUUUUCAGGGUCCCAAAUGACAACACCAGUAUUUCAGUGCCAUAUUGUCUCUGUCCAGAGCUGUUUUCGGCAGACCUAAACCCAUGUAGUGCUUGAGAACUGUCAGGACUUGUCAAGGACAUCUUAUUCAGAACCCAGUGCCCAGUUCUGAGUAAGUGCCUUCGUGCUGGUGGCUGAAAUGUCUUUCUUCUCAACUUCAUCAAUUACCUGAUUAAAAACUUCCUUUUGGCUGAAAAAAAUAAAUCACUUUCACCUCUUAUUAAAAAUAUAUACAUCCUGAAAAGACCCCAACACUGAACUCACCUUCUCCCAUGUGUUGUGCUUUACAUCCCUUUUUAUUCACCAACACGUUUUUCUAUUUGCACAAAAGUCUCCAGCAGCCUUCAGCUGGCACAGCAUGCAGACUGGUAGAUACAGAAGGAGAGUUUUGGAUUCAGUAUUUAGGUCAGCUCCAGCUCAUCCAGCAGUUGCCCCAUUCACUCAGUGGCCACCUGGAGCUUGAGAGAAUGCGUCCUCAGAGCUUCUGUCCUGUAGCAUUUCCUUGGACAGAAGUGUUGUGAUUCAGGGAGUUCCUGAUUCUCCAUCUACAGGUGAUGGGCAGCUCAGAAAUCAGCAGGUGCCACUGUGUGUGUGGCUGUACCCCUGCACAUCAGCAGCCUGCAGGGCUGCAAACCGUAUGCACUAAGAAAGUGUGAGCAGAAGAUGAAUCUCAGAAGACUGCAUGCUGGUGGUUCUGCCCACAGAGAGUACUGGAAAGCACAAAACUACAGUAACAGGCAGGGGAGAAUUCCCUGAAGCUGUAGUGAGGCAGAUUUUAGGGCGUCUCCCAGAAUUAUUUUCUUUGCUGUUUUUGAGGCAAAUGGUCAGUAAUAUCUUUGUUGUAGUUUGAUUUGGUUUUCGUUUAAGACAGAAGUGGGUCAGUGGAAUUUUGGCCUUGUCAUUCUCUACGUUGCACAAUAGUGUGUCUGUGCUCUGGAGAGUUUUCACAUUCACCGUGCUCAUUUACUGAAGAACAUCACGAGCAGGGAGACCUCUGCUUCACUCCUCCAAAACUGAAACUGCUGCGUUUUCUGCGGUGU